CAGUCUGUGUCAAAUUAAAAGUCCUCUCAAAACAUUUUCGCUGUGGCUUAUUUUGUGGUUUGUCAUUGACAGUAAAAUUCGUUACUUUUCCCAUAAAGUAAUACAAAAUGAAGGAGCGGUGUGAGCUGUAAACGCUAAGUCCUUCAGCAUAGCGGGGUGUCCUUGGUGUUUUUGCUUUGUUUAUGUGAAAGCGCGGAGCUGCUGUGGGGUGAAGGAUCACCCCCAGCCCUCAGUUUUCCCCAAAGCUAAAACAGCGACUCUCCUGAACGGGGACAUUUCUUUCCAUUUCCAUCAGCUGAUGCAGCCAGGUAAGCUGCAGCCUGGAUGGAUGAAUGGCCGAGGCUGGAUGUAAUGCUGCUGCUGCUGCUGGCUGCUUUCUAGUCUAGUGGAGGUGUGGGGUGGUGGGGGGAGAUUCUCGGUGUGUCUCACAUUACAUUGCUGCGCUCCCUCCAUCGCGAUCGGUCUCCUGCAGCCUGCGAGCGGAUGAAUGCCCGAGUCUGUGGUUUUGCCAUCGCCAAAAGGACUCCAUGUCUUUCUUGGACUGUUCCUGCAUCUCCCACGCUCAGGUCCAGCCCAUGGACAUAGAGGAGCGCUAUGAGGACAUCAGCCACCAGUUCCUGAGCUGUGACGGUUCUGAGUACACUCUGCAGGGCCCAGCGGGUGGCGAUGACAUCACAGGGUUGUCGGCCGAGCCGGCCCACUACCAGCUACUGUCAGAGCUGGGACGGGGCUUCAAUAAUCUGAGCCAGGUGAACAUGGCUCGCCACAUCCCUACUGGCCAGCCGGUGGCCGUCAAACAGACCAACCUGGACGAGUGCACCGAGGAGGAGCUGCUGCAGCUCAUGAAUGAGGUACUGCUGUCCCGUCUCUUCCGUCACCCCAACCUGCUGACUUCUCGCCUGGUUUUCAGCUCCUGCUGCCAGCUGUGGGUCCUGACACCGCUCAUGGCCUACGGUUCUGCAGAUACUUUACUGAGGACAUAUUUCCCAGAUGGAAUGAGUGAAUCCUUGAUAGCGUACCUGCUGUACGGUGUGCUCAAAGCAUUGGAAUACCUGCACCGGAUGGGCUACAUUCACCGAGGGGUGAAGGCCAGUCAUAUCUUGCUGUCAGGGGAGGGGCGUGUUUACCUCUCAGGGCUCCACAGUGUUUACAGUAUGAUGCGUGAGGGCAAGAGGAUGAGGACCGUGUUCGACAUGCCCCACCACAGCCCGGCACUGCUGCCCUGGCUCAGCCCUGAACUACUGCGACAGGACCUGCACGGUUAUGGAGUCAAGUCAGACAUCUACAGUUUGGGCAUUGUGGCCUGUGAGCUAGUCAGCGGCAGGGUGCCUUUCCAGGACAUGCCACCCACUCAGAUGCUGCUUCAGAAGCUGCGCGGUUCCCACUGCUGCCUGCUGGACGUGGCUCCCUUCCCGCUUGGAGAGCUGGGGGGUUUGAAGGUGUCGCGCUCUGGGGUGGACUCCGGCAUUGGGGAGAGUGUGGCCACGGGGAGCCUGACGCACAGCACCACCGCUCCUCCCACGGACCGACCUCAAAGCCCCGGACCCAAAAACCACUCUGCCACCCUCCACAACCUGGUCCAGCUGUGUCUGCAGCAGCAGCCUGAGCGCAGGCCAUCAGCAUCUGAGCUGCUGACCCACGCCUUCUUCAAGCAGGUGAAGAGGCACACCAGUGACUCCUUCCUCAGUCUCAUGUACCCAGCAGUGCCCCUCGCCAGUCCUGAGGACCCUCCAGUAUCCAGCCCCCCCACCCCUUCCUGUCACACUCCAGCGUCAGCCACCGCUGACUCCACCGAGGCCAUUUGGGAUUUCUCCUAACUGCAGCAUCUACACUUUCAUUGACUAGCAAGCCAAACACAAGACAAUCAAAGCAAAGCAAUGAGGCCAAAUUCUACUGUGCUUUUAAUUUUUAUUAUUAACCCAACUCUCUGAGCCUUUUUAAAUUGUUUUUGUAGCCUUUUUUUUUUAUGCUUUUUGAAGGUGACUUUUUGGGUCACAGAGUGGUGAGGCAAUUGUGAAAGUGCUGGAACAAAGAAGCUGCUCUGAUUUUAUAGUAACGAUAAUAAUGGGCCGUCAGCGAGCGAAAGGAAUAAGAAAAAAACAAGUUGCUUGCUAAUAAUCACGCACUUCCUCUGAGAUAAAAGCCCCCCUGUAAACAGUUGUGCAUAUGUUUGUGCGCAUUUUGUUGUUUUUAAAAUGUUAUAUCCAUGUUUGCAUUUUUUCUUUCAGGUGUGUGACUCUGGUACAACCAAGAAGUUAUUUCUUAAUAGUAACCACUUUUUGUAAGAUAUCAUGUUUGUGUUGAAUUUUCUUUAAAGUGGACCUAUUAUGCUCCAUAGAGUUCCUCUGCAUGAUUCACAGUUCAAAGUCUCCCUUAUUUGUCUCAUCCUGGGCUUUUGUGCUACUCCUCUGUUCACGUUGUGUCUAAAAUUGACCAUUUCCAUUCUACUUAAGCCUAUUUUGUUCUGACUGGCUGCCCUUCGUUAACUCCUCUGUGUUCACAACCUGAGAUGACGGUAUUACUUUAACAUGAUACAAAUCCAAGAAUAGAAAAAAACAAAAUAGGUCCACUUUAAGGCACUGUGUUUUUAGACUGUGAAUAGUGAAAGGUACACUACGUGAGAUUUAAACAUAUGUGCAUAUAUAUUCAUCUGUGUUAGAUGUGUCAAGUUUUCUUCAGUGACAAAGUAAGGCAGUAGAAGUUGCCUUUAUACUCAUGCAAACAGAAACUGCUAAUAUCUAAUCCGGCAAGCUUUUAACGGUUGUUUUGCCAAAGCGUAAAAAAUACUGUACAGCCAAAAAAAGGUUAGUCUGCAUACCAGUUAGCUUGCCUGUAGCAAGCUAGUUUGUUUCAUGGCAACUCUUUAUUAAAUGUUUUGUUGACACCAAAUUUGAAGAAAAGUUAAAUUGAGGCCUUGGUUAUUCCCUAAAAUUAUAUAUAUAUUGUUGACAUAUACUUAUUUUUUUAUAUUCAAAAAUUAAACUCUUUGGUUUUACCACAGGUUACAUUGUUUAAAGAACAAAACAACACAUCCACAAUCAGCUGUGUAAAUGCAUUCCUGCUGUAGGCUUGAACAUAUAUGCACAUAGAGUUCCUGUAUAGUAUCCUUAAAACCUGUCAUACAUCGGGAGGGGGGGGACAAACUGUGCUAUGAACAAUAGAAUACAUGAGCAAUAGAAUAUAUCUAGUGUUCCGUGUAGUAGUUAGAAACCACAGGUAGAAAUAGAAAAACAAAGUUUCCUGUCCCGAUCAUGGAAAGAAGAUUUCUACUGUGCUCUAUGACCACUUCUCCAAUAAUGCCUUUCUGUUUUACUGAACCGUGCAUUUAGAAUACAGUGAUCUCUCUGUAACUGUGAUUAAGUGUACUGUGUAUGAAAACUGUGACUUACAGUACAUAUCAAAUAUGGUAGCUGUAUGAGCCUUAUAUAUAUACACGUGUUAUAAAAGGAUACCGAAUGUUUUGCCAA